CCGGCGACUCCCAACUCUUUGACAGAGACCACGCUCUUUUCCCGCCAUGCUCUUCCCCGUCCUCGCCCUCCUCUGCCCCGUCUUGGUCGCCGCCCACGGCCAGGUUUCCUGGGUCCAGAUCGGUACAGGCCCGCAAUACCCCGCUUGGACUCUUGAUGACUACUACAUUGCCCUCUACCGCGAGUCCGACCCAGUCUGGGGCGCGCUUCCUGAGCAAAAGUACACGAGAAAAACCGAUAGGCUCGAUCUUGGAUUUGCCGACAUCUUUAGUAAAUCCAUUGCUACAGGUGGUUAUGAGGUUUGCCAAAGGUUUGAUAGCAUGAGUCCCGUUGGAACCAUCCCUGCCAAAGCCGGUGACCAAGUCAUCGUCCAGUGGGGUCCCGAUUGGCCCUUCGAAGGUCAUCCCGGGCCUAUUGGCGAGUGGAUGGCCAAGUGCCCCGACGACAGUUGCAGCCAAGUUGACGCGACCACACUGAACUGGUUUUGCAUAGCUCAGCACAAUUAUGAUGCCGACACUCAAAAGUGGCCUACUGAGAUUUUGACCGAGUCACUUAACCGUCAAUGGACAUUCAGGCUCCCCACGGACCUUCCCUCUGGCGCAUAUCUCGUUCGACACGAGCUCAUCGCCCUUCACAACAGUACAGGGCCCACCCCCGAUCUUGUGUCAUCCCCUCAGCAUUAUCCUAUCGGUAUCGAGAUCACUCUUGAAUCUUCCGGCACCACGCUCCCUACUCUAACUUGCAAGUUCCCUGGCUGUUUCUCUUACGACGACUAUGAGUGGCACCACAACAUCUGGGAAGACGAGUGGCAGGGCCUGUUGAUUAACUGGGAAUUUCCUGGCAUCGCCGUUUACCCUGGUGGUUACACAACUGGCGUGGUCAAUGGGGCAUCUGCUGCCGCCAAGAGCGGAAUGUCUUCCUCCUCUUCCUCGUCAUCUGUUGCGCCUUCCGAUGCGUCAGACUCUACUUCCUCGGGUGCCCUCGCUGUUAGCAUUUCCGCUACAAGUUCUCCAUCUUCCAAUGUCAGCGUCAGCUCUGCUGUUGCCACCGGCAAAAAAACUUGCAAGCGCAAGAAGCGUAGCAACAUCGCUGGUCAGAAACGCCACAUCCGUCGCUCCAGAAUUGCUCACUUCGACAGACAUUGAGCCCUGACUCUGUACUAUCUCGAUCUCUCGUGUCUUACCUGCGGGGCCAUUAUACCAUCCUCCUUACUUUGCUUAUAGCCUUGUUCAAACGUUCCUUAACGCGUUGUCGCUGGACGAUAGCGUGCUGGCUGGGGUCAUUCUUUACUUUGGAGGCGCUGGCUUCUUAAUACCAAUGACAUAUGUAUUUCUGGGCAAUUUUAUGUCAUCAUAUGUCGUUGUUCAAUGUCCGAAGACUUUGUUGAUGAUGGUACAUACA